UCUGUCCAGACUCUCCGUGAUUGGCCGCCAGAAAGAAGGUCAUGGAAAAGCCGCACUCUGAUUGGCUCUCAGGCUUCGGCUGUAUAGAUCGAUUGGUGCAGAGGGUCUUCUGUGGAGGCUUCUCGUGUUUGUGAGGGGGGAUUAGACCCCAAGAUUGGACACGGUCCCAGAGAAAUGCAGCUGUUCUGCAGAGAGAAAGAGAAAGGAGUGCAGACAUGAAACUAUGAAACAGUGAGAUACAGAGAGAAAGUCAGAAGGAGGACAGAGAAAGACUAUAAGACAGUAGAGUGGUAGUGGAGAGAGAGAGAGAGACAGUGAUGGAUAGAGCGAUUGAAAAAAGGGGAAAAUGCAGAGAGAGAAAGACAUGGGUGUGAAGCAGGGAGGCAGUCAAAGGUAGAGAAAGAGAGAGGACUGUCUAAGACACAGAAAGAGAGAGAUAGAGUGAGGGAAAACAGGACUGGAUAGAGAGAGAAAGCAGAGAGAGACAAAGGACGAGUGUAGACAGAAACCGGAAGAGAAAGACAGAAGGAGGGGACAGAAAGAAAGAAACCAAGAGACACAGAAAGAAUGUGCCUGGAGGAGUGAAGCAGGGAGACUAAGAGACAGACAGUGAAGGACACGGCUAGAUAUAUUAGGAGCAAAGUAAAGAGACAGACAGACAGACAAGGAGGGAAGACCGACAGGAGCUGUGAGAGUGGGGGGGGGGGAGGCAUGAGCAAAGAGACACAAAAAGUUACAGAAGCAACGAAGCAGGAAAGCAGAUAUGGACAAUCAGCGACAUGGAGUGAGACAGUAAAAGGAAAGUAGGGAGUGGGACAGAAAACUGGAGAGAGAAAUGCAGGCACAAAGUGUGAGACAAAGAAGGUAGGCUAGUGAGAGAGAGAGAGAGUGAGAGAAAGAGAAGUAGACAGACAGAAGUGGGCAUGGUGAGAGAAAGACAGACGUGAGAGUGAAUGAGUGAAGCUGAGAGACAGACGGAUAGAGGGAGAUAAAGGCAAGUGAGCAAGAGAGAUGUGAUAGACAGAGAAAGAGAGACAGACAGUUGUAGUGAAUGAGGAAUUCUCUCUCUCUCUCUCUCUCUCUCUCUCUCUCUCUCUGAGCCCUCCCACUCCUCUAGAGUGCAGUGUGUAGAGCUGAAGAUCAGCAGCGUGUCUUCUAACACCUCAGUGUGUCUCCAUGUCUCCAGCUGUGUCUCAUUCAUUUAGACACUACAUAUAUAUAUAUAUAUAUACACACACACACACACACACACACACUUCCUUACAGCUUUACACACCUUCUGAUCAACCAGGAUUGACUUUUGUUUAGUCUUUUUUUUAACUCUUUUUUUUUUUCCCCCCAUCAUGGAGUCCACUUUUUGGCUGAAGGCGAUCUCUGUUGGCGUUUCUACUAAAACCCACAACGGCUCUCCAGAUUUUUUCUCCUGAACGGAUCGACGUUGGGUUUUGUCUGUGAUAUUUUCAGCUUCGCGUCUCCUUUCAUGUGGACUUUUAUUGUAUUUUUUUAAAUGAAAAAGCAGCCGUUCAUUCUCCAAAGGGUCGGAGAGACGGGACAUGGACGUGUGAGUAGGUCCUGAGCGUAGCGUAGCAUAGUGAGUCGAGCACACGCAGAGACACAAGCUGGCGUGUGUUUUGGGUUUGAAGAGUGAACAUGGACAUGAUGACAGCGUGUUGGAGGGGACAGGUAGGGCUGAUUUUAAGGGGGCGUGAGAGGACCAGAACUCCACCUGUCGACUUUCAAAAAGAUUAUUAUUCAAUGCACAAUGCUCCUGCUGGUGUGAAGGAGGAGCAGGCUGCCAAAGCAAAGGCGGAAAAAAUCCGUGUGGCUCUGGAGAAAAUUAAAGAAGCACAGGUCAAAAAGCUGGUGAUCCGCGUGCACAUGUCGGACGAGAGCUCGAAGACGAUGAUGGUGGACGAGCGGCAGAGUGUAAGGCAGGUGCUGGACAGCCUGCUGGAUAAGUCCCACUGCGGAUACAGUCCUGACUGGGCUCUGGUGGAGACCAUCACCGAGCUACAGAUGGAGCGUAUUUUUGAGGACCAUGAGAACCUGGUGGAGAACCUGCUUAACUGGACCAGAGACAGCCAGAACAAGCUGAUGUUCAUCGAGCGUAUUGAGAAGUAUGCGCUCUUCAAGAACCCGCAGAACUACCUACUGGGAAAAAAGGAGACUUCUGAGAUGGCCGACAGAAACAAGGAGGCACUGCUGGAGGAGUGUUUCUGCGGUGGCUCUGUAUCAGUGCCAGAGAUUGAGGGAGUGCUCUGGCUGAAGGAUGAUGGGAAAAAGUCAUGGAAGAAGCGCUACUUCUUACUACGAGCGUCUGGCAUUUACUUUGUGCCUAAGGGCAAGGCCAAGGCCUCUAAAGACUUGGUGUGCUUCCUGCAACUGGAUCAUGUAAAUGUUUAUUACGGACAAGACUACCGGAGCAAGUAUAAGGCUCCCACUGACUACUGCCUCGCCCUCAAGCACCCUCAGAUUCAGAAGAAGUCUCAGUACAUCAAGUAUCUGUGCUGCGAUGAUGUCAGAACCCUGCACCAAUGGGUCAACGGGAUCCGCAUUGCCAAGUAUGGGAAGCAGCUGUACCUGAACUAUCAGGAGGCUAUGAAACGCACUGAGGCCGCUUACGACUGGUCUUCUCUAUCCAGCUCUAGCAUCAAGUCUGGCACCAGCUCAGUCAGCAACCCUGAGUCACAAUCCAACCACUCCAGUCAGACGGACAGCGGGGUGUCAGAUGGCACCUCGUCCACACAUGCGCGCUCACAGAGUGUCGUCAGCUCCAUCUUCUCCGAGGCCUGGAAGAGAGGCACACAGAUGGAGGAGAGUACCAGAACGAGACCAGAGUCAACGCGUUCAAGCCAUUCUAUCCACAGUGUCCAUAGUGGCCACUCCAGCCAUGCACACUAUAACACUCUUCAUUUGGCGCAGCAGCAGCAUACAGCUGCCUCAGUGCAUUUGCAGCAGUAUGUGCAGCCUCAGUCAAAUUCAGUGCCACACCCACAUGCACAGUCAGCCUUGCAACCUCGUAGUAGCAUUACUCAAACCUCCAUUCAAGCUCCUCCCAUGCCAUCUCCAGCUCCUCCCCAUCCUGCUCCAACUCCACCCAAGCUCUCUCAAGUUCUACCCCAAUCCUCUCCAGUUCUGCCCCAGCCCUCUCCAGCUCCACCCAAGCUUUCUCCAGUUCUACUCCAGUCCUCUCCAGUUCUGCCCCUGCCCUCUCCAGUCCUGGCCCAAUCCUCUCCAGCUCCACCCCCACCGCCACCACCUCCUCCGCCACCCCCUCCUCCUGUCUGCUUCCAUCACUACUCAGGCCCACAUAUAUUUGCCAAAUACAGCACCAUCAACCGCCUGAAGAAUGCCUCUCAGGCUGCUAAGCCACACCCCCAAGCACAGCAGGUGCUUCCAGUACCAUCCCCUCAGCCUUUGAAGCCCCACAUCAACAAUAUUCCACCAGGAGCAAAUGCCCCACCCCCACCACCACCUCCUCCACCAGCACCUAUGCCUGCUCCAGGUUCAGCAAUGGCUGUCCUAAAACUUGGCCCUCCAAGCCCAGCCACUGUGCCUCAGUUCAUGCCACCACCCCCACCUUCUCCACCACUGCCAUCUCCACCUCCACCACCAACCCAGUCCCACCCUCUUCCUCCACCUCCACCUCCAGCAGCUAUCCAAUCCCACUCUUUUCCCCCACCUCCAGCACCUGUCCAAUCCCACUCUUUUCCCCCACCUCCACCUCCAGCAACUAUCCAAUCCCACCUUUUUCCCCCACCUCCAGAACCUAUCCAGUGCCAAGCUUUACCCCCACCACCACCUCCAGCACCUGUUCAAUCCCACCCCCUUGCUCCACCUCCACUACCUAUCCAGUCCCAGCCUUUUCCUCCACCUCCACCUAUCCAGUCUCAAACUCUUCCAUCUCCACCACCAUCCCCCUUCCAAUCUGAUGCUUUUCCCCCUCCGCCACCUCCACUGCAAACCAACAGCCUGCCUCCUCCACCCCCGGCGCAACCAGCCCCACCUCCAUUAACUUCCAAUGGCCUCAAACACAUUCUAGCCCAGAAGUUCCCCAGCAUACCCAGGGAUGUAUCCCCUUCAGGCAGUCAAACUCAGUCGCCACCACCCCCUCCACCUCCUCCACCGCCACCACCCCCCACUCCUCCUGCCCCUCCUCUCCCACCUCAGCAGCUUCCUUCUCUAGCACCGCCUCCACCUCCCCCUCCUCCACCUCCCCCACCACCUGCCCCAGGGCCACCUCGAACGUUGCCCAAAAUCUUCCCUGGAGCAUUUCCACGUCAAACUGCACCGAAACCAUCAGGCGUCGCCAUGCAAGUAUCUCCAGUUGCGCCUCUUUUUUCAGGUCCUCCUCCACCUCCUCCACCUCCACCACCACCUCCACCCCCUCCUGCACCAGUGAAAUCUCAUCCACCACCUACAUUACCCAAGCAGCAGAGCAUCACCAAGACGAUGCCCCCUUUGAACCAGACCUCUACUACAUCAUCUUUGGUCAAACAGCUUGCCAGCCAGUUUCCAGGUGCCGUUCCCUUAGUGGCCAACCAUGUAGAAGCUCACAAACCUCCACUAUCAGCACCUGCAGUUAAGACUAAACCAAAAUGGCAACCUGGUGGACAAGUUCAGCAGCAACAGCGGUCACCUGAGUUUCCACCACCACCUCCAGAUAAUACACUCUCUUUCCCAGCACCACCACCCCCAUGUCCACCUCCUCCACCUCCCCCAGGUCCAGCACCACCACCUCCACCUCCACUGCCCCCUUCACAUCUUAGUUCUCCAAUGAAGGCCCCCUCUGGAUCUUAUGGCGGAAACAAGAAGCCUCCCCCAACCCCUCUACGCAACUCUAGUGUCAAGUUCAACUCUUCAGCCGAAUACCAGGAGUCCCGCCAAAAUCUAGUGAGCAAGUUCAACCCCAGCACAGCUUCUACUGCUCCCGUGUCUUCUGGUUCUCCUUCGAAGGAUUAUUUUACUGGACCACCUGCACCACCUAAACCUGGCAAACUGAACCUGGCCAAUCUACCACUGGCUUUGCAGAACAGAGUGGGUCAAAACCAGCAGCCCAGCACACAUUUUCCCGCCCAUGCUCCAACUGAGAAUAACAGCUUUCCUCCUCCUCCUCCCCCUCCUCCUCCUCCUCCUCCUCCACAUAUAUCAGAUCUCCCACCUCCACCGCCCCUACCAGGCACCCCAAAAGUUGCUGUGGUGAACCCCCAGCCCCAGCCUACAUGGAGCAAGAACUCCCUGAAGAAGACAGCACCUCCUACAUCACUGCGCCGCAACAAUACAAAUCCAGAGCCUCCAUCAGUAUCUCCACCUCUUCAGGGAGGGCCCGCACCUUCAACCUCUACAAAGGGAAGCACUCAGCCAAACUUUCUAGAGGACUUGAACCGGACACUUAGGCGCAAGUCUUUGCGAAACUCUGCAGCCAAGUUGGACCCUGUGGCCACCAUGGAUGACAUGGUACUGCCUCCACCUCCUCCAGAGCUUCUUGACCAGCAAAGACAUAGUGGGAGUGGGUAUAUAUCCAGCAACAUCUCUGGCUAUGCAACAAUAAGGCGAGGCCCACCUCCUGCCCCACCUAAACGGGACAACGGCACCAAACUGACAAACUGAGAGUACUGGAAUGUCCUUGGAUGCUCCUUAUUGAUCCCUCAUACAGGAAUGUGGAUAAAUAGCAAUCUGUAUAACUGGCUUUUAAACCAUUUUUGACUUCGUGGACAAGCGAUCAAAAUUACUCUCAGCUUUAAUAUGCACUGGUGCACUCAGUAUCAAAUUCAAUUUCAAACUACAACAUGAAGGAAAUCGCUGCAACAUACUGGUACUGCAUGGACAUAAGGGCAAAAUUCUAUGAAUCAUACAAAAGCCGGUUUGAUUUUGGGUGGCUGAAUGUCAGAAAUUAUAGGGAACUCACAGGAAGGAUGAACUUUGCCUUUGUUUUUUAUAUGAAUUUAUUUAAAUAUAUGAAGACAUUUUUUUAUUUUAGGAUGAAGUUGUUAAGGGUUGAAGAUGAUUGUUUGAGAGAGUAGUAAAUGUUAAGUGUUUUUUGUACCGAGGCCUGGCACUUCCCGUUUGCCUGCAAGAGACAGGGAUCGAAUAUACUGGUGAAUGUGCUUAGCGUUCUUUAGGGGUGCUUGGGAAUUUUCAAGAAUGUUUGUGUAACCUCUUUCAGUGAUGAUGAGUGUCGAUUUUUUCAGAAAACAGUGCAUAAAAUGAUUCACGCUAUUUAAAUCUAGGUAACAGUUGAGACAAAUUCUUUGGGAAAAGAUUUGGGAAAUAUUUAAUAAGGGACAUUUCAUCAAAAUAAGCCUGUCACCUAAAUGAAGAGGAAUGAAGAGACUUGUCAUGAUUGCUCCGAGAAUUCUGUGCGAAAAUUGUGCUGAACCUGUCUGACUUACCUACACAAUUCACAACGAUUCAGUAUUUUACUGUACAAUAUCGCCUGCUUUAAUUGUCUGUUUCUGAUCACGCUGUCUUAUGCCAAGAAUUCCGGCAUCCUGGUAACAGUUGUUCAUAUAUCAUGGACUUCAAGUGGCUUGGUGUGUGUAGCUCAUGUCCUGCGACUUGGGAACAAUGUCCUACCUGAUGGUUACUCAUGGUCUCAUCCUUUAGCAGGGAGCAGUCAAUGAACAGUCCUUCUUGUAUAGGCAUGUCAAAAUUGUUUUAAUGUUUUGGUUAAAUUACCAGUGAGAUUUUUUUUUCAACAGUCCUUAUUACAACUUAUUAACAGUCCUUAAUACAACCCUACUGAAAUUAUGAUGAUCAGAGCUGGUUAACAACAUGAAAUCAGACCACACAAUAGCUGUAACCGAGCAGCAAAAUGACCAUGCCAUAUAUGUAUAAACAUGUGUAUUACCUUACAGAACCAUGUAUUCCUCUUGGAAGGACAUCUGUGUUUUGGAAGACUGAAUAUUCAACAAUAUAAUGUUUCUUUUUAAGGUUUUUGAUGAUGUAAACAUUAAAUUAUUAAAGUUAAUUAUCCAGUCUUAAACCAUGGGAACACUAUCUAUUCUUGUCUUUUAAUGUCAGUGUCUAAUGGUAUUGAUUGGGGCAAUGUAAUAUCACAGCCACAGUAUAAAGGUUUUCAUACCUUACAAUGUCUGUUUGCCUCUAUUAAAUAGAUUUGGGAAUAGAGCUUGCGGGAUAAAGGUGGUUUAUACCUCAUUAAAAGAACGUUCAGCAGGUAAAAUGCUACUAUAGCUAACCGUUAGCAUCACAUUGCUAAGUACAGGUGCUGAUCCCCUUUUAAUAGUGUUUUUGUGGAAAUUUAACUUAAAGGUCUUGUUGAUGUGGGUAUUUGAGCCGACAAGGAGAGCGUGUACGUGUGUGCAUACAAGUGAUACAGCCUAACCUUAACAAACAGAAUCUGCUAGAACCAAUCACAAUAGCAAGAUGACGCGGUUUAUUAUAAUAUUUGUCAAAGAGGAUGCCCACAAUGUGGACAGACUAUGUUACUGAAAUUUUUAUCUCAUAAUUUUUGAACAUUUAAGUAAUCUUGAAUGUUAUAUAGCACCUCCUGAACUUUCUAG